UAUAUUUUCAGUCUGCAACCAAACUCCAUUUCCGUUCAAUGUGUUUCUCAGUCUUGAUUAUUCAGACUCAAGUAUUCUUCUCCUCAGUCCUUUCCGGCAACGUUCGUUGCAAAGAUGACGGGUUUCAGCGAGAAGGCUAUAUUGAUAGAUGGGCGAGGUCACCUGCUGGGGAGAUUGGCUGCUAUUGUGGCCAAGACUAUCCUACAGGGAGACAAGGUGAUUGUUGUCCGCACAGAACAGAUCAACAUCUCCGGUAACUUCUUUAGGAGUAAAUUGAAGUAUUUGGCAUUUUUGCGGAAGCGGUGCAAUGUGAAUCCUGCACGAGGCCCCUUCCACUUCAGAGCCCCCAGUGCUAUCCUCUACAGAACUAUCAGAGGUAUGAUUCCACACAAGACAAAGCGCGGCAAGGAAGCACUGAAGAGGUUCAAGGCGUACGAGGGCUGCCCUGCGCCGUACGACCGACGCAAGCGGCUGGUGGUUCCGACGGCCAUGCGGGUGAUGUGCCUCAAGCCUGGCCGCGCCUACUGCCACCUCGGCCGUCUCAGUCACGAGGUCGGCUGGAAGUACAAGGAUGUGGUGCGUGCCCUCGAGACCAAGCGGAAGGUGAAGGCGGUGUUCAGCAUUCGCAAACGAAACUCACUCAAGAAACUGACAAAAGAAGCUGGAAAGAAGGUCGCUAAACAGACAAAACACUUUGAUAGCAUCAUCAAGUCUUAUGGCUACCACUAAGUCUUGUAAUAAACUUUGUUUAUUUUA